AUGGGGAUCGCUAUUAUAACCGAAAACUUUCUACCUAAAGUGGACGGUGUUACUCGCACCUUGGUUCGUUUACUUGAACACCUUGCUUUCAAGAACCACCAAGUACUUUUACUUGGACCCGAAACAAAUACUCAAAUUUAUGCAGGUGCUGAACUUGUAGGCACUUUUGGUAUUCCACUCUUUGUCUACCCUGAACUCAAAUGUAAUUUCUGGAGACCCAAAUUGACCGAGAAGUUAUUAGCCUUUCAGCCUGAUGUGAUUCAUUUAGUAGAUCCUGUAUUUCUCGGUGGAUUUGGUUUGGCUGUCAUUCGGUAUUAUUUGCCUACAACACCCAUUGUGUCUUCUUAUCAUACAAAUCUUGCUGUCUAUUGUCAUCAUUUUGGAUUUGGGUUUUUGUCUUCUAUCAUGUGGAGUUGGAAUCGAUAUUGUCAUUCUUUCAGUCAGUUUAUCGCAUGCCCUUCAGCCUCUACAAAAGCCAUGCUGGAACAUCAUCAAUUUGACCAUGUCCGUAUUUGGCCACGCGGUGUAGAUGUCACUUUAUUUUCACCUCAACAACGGUCCCAGUUAUUGCGUUCACAAUGGAUAGGCAACACAGACAAAAAGAUCAUUUUAUAUGUAGGCAGGGUCUCGUUUGAAAAGAAUAUCCGGCUGUUGAUUGAAGCCUACAAGAAAAUGAACCACCAUCAAUGUCAUCUUGUGCUGGUAGGAGAUGGUCCUGCUUUAGAGGACAUUCGGUCUUAUUGUACUAUACUUGAUAUUCCUGUCACAUUGACUGGAUAUCUUCAAGGCAUCGAAUUAGCACAAACCUAUGCUUCAGCUGAUAUCUUUGCAUUUCCUUCUGUGACAGAGACAUUUGGUCAAGUGGUAUUGGAGGCCAUGGCUUCAGGAUUGCCUGUGAUUGGCUUACAAGCAGAAGGUGUGAAGGAUUUAGUGGUCAAUCAAAAGACAGGUUUAUUACUGGAUCCUACAGGUCUAGAUCUAAAGAACCAAGUCGCAAAAUACCGUUGUUUACUUGAAGGACUGCAAUAUACAUGGUAUGAAGCCAUGGAAUGUAUGGUUCAAUUGUAUCACCAAGCUGCCUCCAAUGAUCCUAAUUAUGAUAGUGGAGUAGAAGAAGACUAUUUAGUGAAAUCAUAA